AUGGCCUUCCAUGGAGCACAUCAUUUAUCGGUGAACGGCGGAAACUUCAUCGACUAUACCAACGCUACAAUCAACUACACCACCACCAUCUACAAUUUCCACUGUCACCGCUGUGAUUCCACACUACCAGCCGUCAGGGACAGUCCCUCUGUCCCAUUUCCACCCCCUCAACACCACAGAAGUUUCACCCUCCACCAGCAACAAGAAACGAAUCCCUUCGCGAUCUUACACUCCGCUCUUGCAGCGAUACAAUGUCUGCUAAAGGGACUGCCCGAAGAAAUCCACAAGCAGCUGUACGACGACCUGGCAGAUUUCGAAGAGAUCCUAGAAGAAGCUCGCCGAAUCUUUGUGGGGAACGGCGUAACCAUGGACCGCAAGGGGCUUUUCGAGCUCGGAGCACAGCUCUCCCGUUCAGCAGAUGCGCUGCUGCACAUCCUGCGGUCAGUCGCCCAAAGCGGGAACUCAUCAACAAACAAUCCAGGCGAGGCAUACGACAUCGCCGCCAUCCGACAGCUGAUUUCUGCUGAAAGAGAAGCAAUCAGCGAAUGCCUCUGCCACUUGAAUUUGUCGGGGUCCGAAGAAACCCCUCCUAGCUCGGAGGCACACGCAAAUACGGCAACAUCGCCCACAUUCGUGUCGCCUCCGACGAACAUUGAGAACAUUACGGCCGUGAAGGCCGCUCGUACAACCAACAUGGUUGACGCAGCUUCCUCAUCGGCAGAGAUGCCCCCAAGUCCACGGGGCGAGCAGCGAUGGGGGAGCCUGCACGACAUCGCGCCACCUGGUGGAUUCUUGCUGGAGGUCCCACCUUGCCAACCAACCAAGCGGCGCUUGGAGAUCCAAGCAGGGGAUGAGGACCCGGAGGAACUGGGGAGAACCAUCCGCCGCCGACUCUGUUCAAGAACAGUUCGAGGACAGGGAUGGGUUCCCAGCGCCAGGUUUAAUCUGGACUUCCACCACACAAGAAAAGCCUGGGCGCAUGGCGCAUGGCGACCCGGCUAA